CUGAAGGCCGAAGGCCCCUCGUUCGGAGGCGGGUCGUUCAUGAGGCGGCUUGCAUUCGCCUCCACCGCCGCCGCUGGUGGUGUCGCCUGGCUCUCGCAAGACUACCAGUCCGGGCCGGCGCGCACUGCUCGCAGCCUCUGCUGCGGCGUCGCGAUCGGCAUAGACUACAAGGUGGCCGGCCGCCUUCCGCACGGCUCGGAUGAGCACGCCGCCGCCAUGCGUGAGGCGCACGAGCGAGGUGCGCAGCGGCUCCUCGCGCUCUGCCGUGCGCACGGUGGCCUGUACAACAAGCUCGGCCAGUAUCUGGCGUCCAUGACGUCGGCGCUGCCACCGCAGUACACCAGCACGCUCUCGGCCUGCCAGGACCGCGCGGCGCCCGUGGCGCUCGUGGAGGUGCGCGAGACGGUGGAGACGCAGCUGGGAGCGCCGCUCGCGUCCCUCUUUGCGGAGUUCGACGACGCACCUGUCGCCGCCGCCUCGCUGGCGCAAGUGCACCGCGCUGUGCUCUCGGACGGCCGGUCAGUCGCCGUCAAGGUGCAGUACCCGCGGGUGGCAGGGCAGGUGGCCUCCGACCUCGGGUCGAUGCGCCUGCUCUCGGCUCUGGCGGAGGCUGCCUUCCCCGGCGCAGGCUACGGCUGGAUCAUCGGCGAGUUCGAGGCGGCUGCAGAGACGCCUCCUCCUCCGCCUGCCCAGCCACCGCCACACACCCGCGCGUCGACGCGCGACGAGCUCGACUUUCGGAACGAAGCGGCCAACGCCGCCGCCUGCGCCGCGCUGUUCGCCGCGGAGCCGCGAGUGCACGCGCGGGAUCGCCUCGCCUUGCCCGACGGGGCCAUGGAGGGGGCUUGCUCACUCUCAGCUGGCGUGGGGUCAGGCGCCAAGCUCGACGACCCCGCCGCGCUGCUCGCGGCCGGCGUCCAGCCUGCAGAGGUGGCGCCGCUGCUGACGGCUACUUUCUCGGCGAUGGUCUUCGAGCACGGGUUUGUGCACUGUGACCCGCACGCGGGCAACCUGCUGGCGAGGCGAAUGCCGCAGGCUGGGGCGAGAGACGGGCGGGGCGGUGGCGGCGGCGGCGGCGGCGGCGGCGCCCAGCUGGUGCUGCUUGACCACGGCCUGUACCGCCGCCUGAGCGAGGACUACCGCCUCGCAUACGCGCAGCUGUGGUGCGCGCUGCUAGCGCAGGACGACGCCGCGGGCCGCGCCGCCGCAAGCGCGCUCGGCGUGCCGCCCGACGACUACGAGACCCUCGCCAUCGCGCUCACCUUCCGACCGCCCGGCUCACGUGCUCCCCUCGGCUCGGGCAUGUCGGCGACGGAGCGGCGCGCGAUCCGCGAGCGAUACGCCAGCGUUGGGCCAGCUGAGGCGGACGGCAUGCCACGCUGCGCCUCGGCGCUAUCUCGGCUCGACCUCGGCUCGACCUCGGCUCAGUCUCGACUCAAUCUCGGCCAGGUGAACGCGUUUCUCGGCCGCCUCCCGCGCGACAUGCUCUUCGUGAUGCGGACGUGGGGCCUCGUCCGCUCGCUCAACCGCGCGUUGGGCGGCACCACUCGCCAGCGAUUCGUCACCAUGGCAACGUACGCGACGCGAGGCGCGCACCGGCGCCGCCCGUCCGCUCGCGCCGAGCCUGCGGCCGCGGGCGCGGCGUGGCUGCCCGGGCAGCUGCUCCGCGCAUGCGCUGCGUGCCGCCGCCGCACCGCGCUCUGGCUCGCGGCGUGGCGCGUGUGGAGCGCGGUGCUCCGCUUCCGAGCGCGUGUGGCGUUCGAGGGGCUGGCCGCGAGGCUUGCGCUUGGCGAGGGAGGAGGUGCGGUCGAGGGGCUGCUCGCGCCGGGCGCGAAACAGUUUGGCUAG